AGUAGAUUUCUUGAUAGGAAAAAAAAAAUCUGUUUCUGACCCCCAAAACUCAAUAAAAUUAAGUUAUCUUUUGAUCUUUCAGCAAAAAGAUUCCUACUUUUCAGCAAAAAUUAAGAAUUCUGUGUUCUUGAUCACCUCUGAGGUCAUGGGCUCGAAUCGUGGCAUCAGAGUAAAAUGCCUACAUCACACACUCUUGGGGUGCUUCCCUUCCCGGACCCUACUUAAACGCGGGAUGCUUUGUGCACCGGGCGUCCCUAUCUUCAUCAGAGCUAUGUCUUAUAAUUUCUUAAAUUUAUCUCCAGUAUGCUUUAGUCAUCAAGUCCUGUUUUCCCUACUACAUUUGCUGUUUUCUACUGAAAAACUUACCCUUUUUAUUUUAUUUUCAAAGAUUCUGUUUUAUAUAGAAAUUCCUGUAUAUUUUAAAUAUUUUGCUAGGUUUAGUGGUUUGGUUGAAUUAUGAUUGAAAUUGUAGUAUACUUUGUAACAGGAAGAUCAUUCUAGAUGCUUUUGGUGGGGUCUCCUUGAUUUAAAUUUUUUAGUUUAGCCUUUGUAGUAAUCUUGGUUGUCACACGUAGCGUUGUGCUUUCGCCACAAAAGCAUUUAGUAGACUUAAUUAAUGUCAUAAUAUUGGUUGGUGUGGUUUUAAUUACUAAACUGUACUAUUAUAUUAGGUGGAAGUUUUGAAAAUUUAGAGUAGUAACAUUCUAGAUCAUUGAAAAUAUUGGUUUUUCAGUGACUUUUUAGUAUGUCGUUUUCAUUUUCUAAGUGGUUGUACUAAUGUAGUAUAAUAAAAUUUUGAUUGGUAUUUUGGAUAAGCUGAGGUGUCCAUCUUCUACUAACUGCACUAGUAUAUUUUUUGGUUGUUUACAGCUGAAACAACUUGUCUGAGGAUUUCUCAUCUGCUGAAUCAACUGCCAUGGCUGAACGUGCUCUGACUCGUGUUCACAGCCUUCGUGAACGUCUUGAUGCCACUUUGGCUGCACAUCGCAAUGAGAUAUUGCUGUUUCUUUCAAGGAUUGAAAGCCAUGGAAAAGGGAUCUUGAAACCUCACCAGCUAUUGGCUGAGUUCGAUGCAAUUCGCCAAGAUGACAAAAAGAAGCUGAAUGAUCAUGCAUUUGAAGAACUCCUGAAAUCUACUCAGGAAGCGAUUGUUCUGCCACCUUGGGUUGCACUUGCCAUUCGUUUGAGGCCUGGUGUGUGGGAAUAUGUCCGUGUGAAUGUUAAUGCUCUAGUCGUUGAGGAGCUGACCGUCCCUGAGUAUUUGCAUUUUAAGGAAGAACUUGUUGAUGGAACCUCCAAUGGAAAUUUCGUUCUCGAGUUGGAUUUUGAGCCCUUCACUGCAUCCUUUCCUAAACCGACCCUCACCAAAUCUAUUGGGAAUGGAGUUGAAUUCCUCAAUAGGCACCUUUCUGCGAAAAUGUUCCAUGACAAGGAAAGCAUGACCCCGCUUCUUGAAUUUCUUCGGGUUCACAAUUAUAAGGGCAAGACAAUGAUGCUGAAUGACAGAAUACAGAAUUUAACCACUCUGCAAAAUGUCCUAAGGAAGGCAGAGGAAUACCUUAUUAUGCUUCCCCCUGAAACUCCAUUUUCCGAAUUCGAACACAAGUUCCAAGAAAUUGGAUUGGAGAAGGGAUGGGGCGACACUGCGGAGCGCGUGCUAGAGAUGAUAUGCAUGCUUCUUGAUCUACUUGAGGCUCCCGACUCCUGUACUCUUGAGAAGUUCCUAGGGAGAAUUCCUAUGGUGUUCAACGUGGUUAUCCUUUCCCCCCAUGGAUAUUUCGCCCAGGAAAAUGUCUUGGGUUAUCCCGACACUGGUGGCCAGGUUGUCUACAUAUUAGAUCAAGUUCCAGCCUUGGAGCGUGAAAUGCUUAAACGCCUAAAGGAGCAAGGACUUGAUAUAACACCGCGUAUUCUUAUUGUUACUCGUCUGCUGCCUGAUGCAGUUGGAACAACUUGUGGUCAGCGGCUUGAGAAGGUGUAUGGAGCCGAGCACUCACAUAUUCUUAGGGUCCCCUUUAGGACCGAGAAGGGCAUUGUUCGCAAAUGGAUAUCUCGCUUUGAAGUGUGGCCAUACAUGGAGACUUUCACUGAGGAUGUUGCAAAAGAACUUGCUGCAGAACUGCAGGCCAAGCCAGAUUUGAUAAUUGGCAACUAUAGCGAGGGAAAUCUUGUGGCUUCAUUGCUGGCUCACAAGUUAGGCGUAACGCAGUGCACCAUUGCCCAUGCAUUGGAGAAAACAAAGUAUCCUGAUUCUGACAUCUACUGGAAAAAAUUUGACGAAAAAUACCAUUUCUCGUCCCAGUUUACCGCUGAUCUUAUUGCAAUGAAUCACACCGAUUUUAUCAUCACCAGCACUUUCCAGGAGAUAGCAGGAAGCAAGGACACUGUCGGACAGUACGAGAGUCACCAGGCAUUCACAAUGCCUGGAUUGUACAGAGUCGUUCACGGCAUUGAUGUGUUCGAUCCCAAAUUCAACAUUGUCUCACCUGGAGCUGAUAUAAACCUGUAUUUCCCAUAUUCCGAGAAGGAAAAGAGAUUGACAGCACUUCACCCAGAAAUUGAGGAGCUUCUGUACAGUGAUGUUGAGAACGAGGAACAUCUGUGUGUGCUAAAGGACAGGAAUAAGCCAAUCUUAUUCACAAUGGCGAGAUUGGAUCGUGUGAAGAACUUAACCGGACUUGUUGAGUGGUACGCCAAGAACGCACGGCUAAGGGAGUUGGUUAACCUUGUUGUCGUUGGUGGAGACCGAAGGAAGGAAUCCAAAGAUUUGGAAGAGCAAGCAGAGAUGAAGAAGAUGUAUGAGCUAAUAAAGACUCACAACUUAAAUGGCCAAUUCAGAUGGAUUUCUUCACAGAUGAACCGAGUAAGGAACGGCGAACUCUACCGAUACAUUGCCGACACUAGGGGAGCUUUCGUGCAGCCUGCAUUCUAUGAGGCUUUCGGUUUGACUGUUGUUGAGGCCAUGACCUGUGGUUUGCCUACAUUUGCAACUAAUCAUGGCGGUCCAGCUGAGAUCAUCGUUAACGGAAAAUCCGGCUUCCAUAUCGAUCCAUAUCACGGUGAGCAAGCUGCUGAUCUGCUAGCUGAUUUCUUUGAGAAAUGUAAGACGGAACCUUCUCAUUGGGAAACUAUUUCAACCGGUGGCCUGAAGCGCAUCCAAGAGAAGUACACGUGGCAAAUCUACUCGGAGAGAUUAUUGACGUUGGCUGCUGUUUACGGUUUCUGGAAACAUGUUUCUAAGCUUGAUCGUCUAGAAAUCCGUCGAUAUCUAGAAAUGUUUUAUGCUCUCAAAUACCGGAAGAUGGCUGAAGCUGUUCCAUUGGCUGCUGAAUGAAAUGACAUAUCAUUUGGGAUGACCAAAGAAAAGUGCCAAUUUCUUUGAAUAAAAUGCUGUGACAAGAGGCUUCUGUUCUCUAACUUCAGAAAAUUGUUGUGUAGUGAUCCUCUUUUCUCCAUUUGUAUGCCAACUCUCCCUCACCCCUUUUUUCACUUUUACUUUAUUUUUGUCUGCAUUUUGUACUGCUAAUAUUGGCUGGAGAAUUUGCAAAUUUGAUAUUUGGAGCUGUUAA